CCUCUCAAACACACAUGAACCAACACACAGGUAGAGCAGUUCAAAGUUUGCCACUAGCGAUUCAUAUCAGCCCAAAAUCUCAUGCAUGUUGGGCGCUGUAAGUUCAUUCAGCUGUCAGACCGUCAUCAAAGCACGCUCAAGCUGCCGGACAGAAGAAGAGAAAGAGAGAGGGAGCGAGGGAGAAGGAGAGCCGGCCUUGGCGCUGAGCAGAGAAGAGAGGAUGCUGCAGGAGACCAGCGUUAGAGCAAGUCCAACCUGAUCGCUCCAUCCCCUCCCUCCCCCGCCCAGUCCUCCACAAUCCCAGGAUGCUCUGCCCCUGCCGAGGGAAGCUGAAGUUGCUGGUGGUGUCUCUGAGUUUCGUCAUCCUGUUCACCUGGCUUUACCUGCUCGUGGGGAACUCGGAAAACGGGCGUUCCCUGCUCCUCUCCGCAUGCUUGGUGGAAUCUACAGAAGCACGGCUGCUCGAACGGGACGUCCUGGCAUCGCGGGUUCGAGAGGUGGAGGAAGAGAACCGGCAAAUCCGCCUCCAGCUGAGCCAAUCGCAGGGCCUGGCUGCCCAGCCUGCUGAGGGUAACUAUGGCAACCAGCAGUGGGUUGCAUCAGCAGACACCGGUCCAGAAGACGUGGAGAACACAGCCGAGGAACGGGCCAAUCACAGCGAGUGUUCUCGCUCGCCCACAGCCGAGAAGUGUGAGUUGAUUCACGUGGCGUGUGUGUGUGCGGGUCACAACGCCAGUCGGGACGUGGUCACUCUGGUCAAAUCCAUCCUGUUCCACAGGAGAAACCCACUACACUUUCAUUUCAUCACAGAUACAGUGGCCAAUCAGAUCCUCAGCACUCUGUUCCAGUCGUGGAUGGUGCCGUCCGUGCAAGUCAGCUUCUAUGACGCUGAUGAACUCAAAUCGGAGGUGUCAUGGAUACCAAACAAACACUAUUCAGGAAUUUAUGGCCUGAUGAAGCUCACACUCACCAAAGCUCUGCCAUCCAACCUUUCAAAGGCCAUCGUCCUCGAUACAGAUAUCACCUUCGCCACAGACAUCGCCGAGCUGUGGGCCAUCUUCCGGAAGUUCACAGAGAAACAGGUGAUUGGUCUGGUAGAGAAUCAGAGCGAUUGGUACCUCGGUAAUCUGUGGAAAAAUCAUAAACCCUGGCCAGCCCUCGGGAGGGGCUUUAACACAGGUGUGAUUUUACUCUACCUUGAGAGACUGCGGCGCAUCGGCUGGGAACAGAUGUGGAGACUGACGGCAGAGCGAGAGCUAAUGAGCAUGCUUUCAACAUCCCUGGCAGACCAGGACAUCUUCAAUGCAUUCAUAAAACAGAACCCAGUUCUGGUGCAUCAGCUUCCAUGCUUCUGGAACGUUCAGUUAUCGGAUCACACACGCUCUGAACAGUGCUACACCGAGGUGUCAGAUCUAAAGGUCAUUCACUGGAACUCUCCUAAAAAGCUGAGGGUGAAGAACAAGCACGUGGAAUUUUUCCGUAAUCUUUACUUGACGUUCCUGGAGUACGAUGGGAAUCUUCUGCGACGGGAACUCUUCGGCUGUCCCAGUCAGGCCAGCUCUGAGGGAACAGUGCUUCAGCACGCACUAGAGGAGUUAGAUGAGGACGACCAGUGCUAUGAUUUUCGGAGGGAGCGAAUCAUGGUGCACAGGGUGCAUCUGUACUUCCUGCAGUAUGAAUACACACCUACAGAUGAUGGCACAGACAUCACACUGGUCGCACAGCUCUCUAUGGACAGACUGCAGAUGCUGGAGGCCAUCUGUAAACACUGGGAGGGCCCCAUUAGUUUGGCCCUGUACAUGUCUGAUGCCGAGGCCCAGCAGUUCCUGCGUUACGCUCAGGCAUCUGAAGUCCUCAAGAACCGCAAGAAUGUAGGCUAUCAUAUUGUUUAUAAGGAGGGUCAGUUCUACCCUGUCAAUCUGGUACGCAAUGUGGCACUCCGCAACGUCAACACACCCUACGUUUUUCUGACUGAUGUGGAUUUUCUGCCUGUGUACGGCCUCUACGAUUACCUUCGAAAAAGUAUAGUCCAACUGGACAUGGCCAAUACCAAGAAGGCUCUGGUUGUGCCUGCCUUUGAGACGUUGAGAUAUCGCCUCUCCUUCCCCAAAUCCAAGGCCGAGCUGCUGUCUAUGCUGGACAUGGGGACUCUCUACACCUUCAGGUAUCACGUCUGGACAAAGGGUCACGCGCCAACCAAUUAUGCCAAAUGGAGAACAGCCACAACGCCAUACAAGGUGGAGUGGGAGGCAGAUUUUGAGCCAUAUGUUGUUGUGCGACGAGACUGUCCUGAGUAUGACCAGAGAUUUGUUGGCUUUGGCUGGAACAAAGUAUCCCAUAUCAUGGAGCUUGAUGCUCAGGAGUAUGAUCUUAUUGUGUUACCAAAUGCCUUCAUGAUCCACAUGCCCCACGCGCCCAGCUUUGACAUCUCAAAGUUUCGUUCCAGUCCGAGUUACCGCUACUGCUUGACGACUCUGAAGGACGAGUUCCACCAAGACCUUUCUCGAAAGUACGGUUCUGCUGCUCUCAAGUACCUCACAGCACAGAGGAACAUCUGAACACUGUUUCAAAUGUACUUUAGCACACACGAAGAUGGCUCGGUCUAGUCAUUUGAGGCUCAACAGCCAACAUGCUGCUCUGCUACAUGUUACGGUGUCUAGAGGAACGAAGCUGAAACCCACGUCUCUGCUAAAGAAUAUAAAAUCAGAGCUUUAAUUCUUCUUUUUGAUAAGUCAUACAGCAGAGAACUGUGGAAACCAUUGACAUCAGCAACACACCCAUCAGUCUGGUGUUGAAAACUCGACCAAACAUGUUUGAACUGCUUAAAAGACAUUAGUAGAUGUUUGUGAUGACCUACUUGCUUUAUAGCCUAAAAUGAACUGUCAUGAUAAAGACCUUUUUUGACAAUCAGGGCUUUUUCUUCACUUAAGAUCUGCAGCUAGCGGUCCAUGGCACUACACAGCUUUGAACCUGGCUGAAACCAUUCGAUGGAGUAUCAAAAGGACGAGAAAUUAAUGAGCUUUCCAAAGACUCUUCGCUGGACUGAAGUGUGGGGAGGCCAUCAUGACAGACGAGGGAUUUUAAGCCUUAUAAUUUCACUGAUAUUUAAAAUAUGUAAAAAUAUUUUUCUUUGUUUUUAAUGAAUACAAAACAACAAC